CUAGGUUAAAUUUUUAUAGUAACUUACUAGGUUAAAUUACUACAAUAAGUAACUUUAUUCUAACAAUUACUUAAAUUUAAUCUUAAUUACUGAAUAUAUUUAAAAAAAAUACAAGAUGGGUAUGCGUAGACAUGCUCAAUUUUUUGCUCGAACAGUUAUGGUUCAAGAUAAUAAUAUAGAGAAAGCUUCUCGUUUAUUGAACAAUAUAUUGUCAAAAGAAGGUAUUUUUCAACAGUAUAGAUAUACAAGAUACUAUGAAAAACCUACUCAAACAAGAAGAAGAAUUAAUUAUGAAAAGUGUAAAGCACUCUAUAAUGAAGACAUGAAUAGAAAAAUUCGUUUCAUUUUAAGAAAAAAUAGAGAAGAUCCAUUUCCUGGUUGUUCAUAAAAUAUUGGUUAAUUUUCAUAUUAUUUAUUAAGUCAAUAUAUAGAUGAUAUGAUUAUAAUAUUUUUAUUUUAUAUUAUCCAUAUGCAUAAGUAAUUAGAACAUAUUCAAUAAAUUAUAAAAUUUAAUCAAAUUAAUCUAUUGAAUAAAAUACAAAUUAAUAAAAAUGCA